GGGGCGGUGCCGGGCGGAGGGUCACGUAGCUCAGGUUCCCGGGCUGCGGUCGCGGCGCGUGUUGGUCUGUGCCUGUCGCCGUCCCGCCAUCGCUCCGUCAUCAUGCCGAUGUUCAUCGUGAACACCAACGUGCCCCGCGCCUCCGUGCCGGACGGGCUCCUCUCCGAGCUCACGCAGCAGCUGGCUGAGGCUACGGGCAAGCCGGCCCAGUACAUCGCGGUGCACGUGGUUCCGGACCAGCUCAUGGCCUUCGGGGGCUCCACCGAGCCGUGCGCUCUCUGCAGCCUGCACAGCAUCGGCAAGAUCGGGGGCGCGCAGAAUCGCACCUACAGCAAGCUGCUGUGCGGCCUGCUGGCGGAUCGCCUGCGCGUCAGCCCGGGCAGGAUCUACAUCAAUUACUACGACAUGAAUGCGGCCAACGUGGGCUGGAACGGCUCCACCUUUGCCUGAGAGCCAGGCCGGGCCUGCAACGACCAGACCAACCCGCCUUGCAGUGUUAUAUGCCCGCCCGCUCGCAGCUACUCCCCCUUUGCGGUCGGGAGAAAUAAACGGUUUUGAGACCACG